AUGGCCGGUCCUGGCGGUGGUCCUUCACGCCGGAGCCACACGAAGUCACGUAAGGGAUGUAAGACGUGCAAGAGGAGGCAUAUCCGCUGUGAUGAAUCGUUUCCGCAAUGUCGAAACUGCACUAAGCACCAAGUGCGCUGCGACUAUCAAGACAGUCCGCAUAGUGCUUCGCCGGAGAGAUCAAGCAGUCCUCGCCAGCCAAACCUGCUGUGGACUCCAGAGAUCGAAAGCACCGUUGAGCUAUGGAGACAGACGGGAAACUUCCCUUUCACCGAGCUCUCUGUAUUUCCUCAACCGCAAUGGCAAACGUACUCAAAGACCGAGCUUCGACUGAUCCAUCAUCUUUCUUCCAUUGCGAAUGAGAUGUUCCGCAGAGGGACAUCGAAGCUGACGGUCUGGCCAGAGUAUCUGCCAAAAUUCCUCAGCUUAGCAGCGUCGCAUCCGUUCGUGAAGCAUUCUAUCCUUGCGUUCUCUGCAUCUCAUCUUGCAUGGAUAUCCACUUCGCCAGAGACGCGGAAUCUUGCUUUCCACUAUGGCAGCGUUGCACUUAAAGGCCUGCAUGAGGCUAUCGGCAACUUCUCAAGAGCGAACUCGGACGCUGUGGUUGCAUCGUCACUACUGCUGUCAUGGCAGGCGACGGAUUGGAAAGGAUGGGCUUCCUUAAUGUCAGGAAUAAAAACAGUCUCGUAUGCCAUGCAAUCAUGGAGACACGAAUCCCUCUUCGCCGAUUACCUUGGCGACUACGCGGUGAAUACAGCUCCGUCGUUCUCGAAUGCUGCCGGAACCCUAGUGACGCAAGAGACUCGGCACGAGCAUUUGUCGAUGUUACAGCCUAUCAACAGCUCGCUCCAACGGAUGCGCCCGUACUUGGCAAAUUACGACCAAGAGAGCAAGUGGAUUGACCAACUAGUGAACUACGUAGACCGUCUUCGAAGCUCCAGUCCUCCACAGACGGCCGACGAGCAGUUCAGCCAGAUGUACGCGCUGCGAAAGUGGCUGUUUUGGGUACCCGUCACGCUACUAUCGGCACGGAAAGGCGAUGUCAACGUCCUUGUUGUUCUAGCCCAUUUCUACGCCGUAGCCCUUGCAUUGGAACCGAUGUUCCCGGACAUCGGUGCGCCGUUCUGCGCGGACAUGGCUCUGCCUCCUCUAGAAGAGAUCCUUCGAAUCAUAACCGCGCUGCAGGUCUCGCAGAACUACAGCCAAGCUUUCCCUGCCGCUUUCUCGAUGGCGGACUUUCCACGCCAGGUCGCGAGCAACUUCCAGAGCCGAAGAGACUGGACUCGUCAGCAAGCCGAACAGCUACACCUUGCCCAGCAGAGCCCACGUGGCCUAGACAUCCUCGGUUUAGAUCUUGAAGACCAAAUCGCCGACUACAACAACUACGGUCGGCCCAGCCUCAGCCCCGCCUUCGCGCCCUCGCCCAUGGGCUUCGCGCACCGCGGCUCCUUGUCCAGCGCGGGGUCCCCGUUCCUCGAAGUCCCCCGCUCAAGCAUCGAUGGCUAUGGCUUCCCAGUCGUGAGCACUUUCAGCACUACCCCCGUGGGGUCGCCGGCUACGCCGCUUCUCGGCGGCUUCAUGCACGAGCCGGAGAGCAUGUACGGGUGGGGAUCAGCGUUCGGCUAUCCAGGCGGGGAGCAGCAGCAACAGCAGCAGCAGUUUCGGCUUGAGCAGCCGCCUGCCGACGUGAAAGGGAAGGGGAAGGGCAGGGAUGAUGCCGCGUAG